AGUCUGAGUUGACUGGAAACUAGGCGGAUUCUUUCGGGAACAACUCCGAUUAAGCACCACUCAUGUUUAUACAGAUACAAAGUAAACACAUACAUUCUAUAUCGGCAACGGCAGAUUUAAAAGUUGUUGGUUUAAAAUACGGUGCGUUACAUUGUCGUUAUUCAGAAGAACAGGUGCAUACCUGAGAGUGGCGCAGCUUGUGUUAGUCCUUUAUGUUCCGGGUACGAAGGUCGGUCUGACUCACCUGUUGUUUACCUGCGAGCUGAUUCUCUGUUCGCUGUCAUGGUGACUGGGGUGGACCAGAUAGUGAACUGAUGUGGAUCAGAUGUUGACCUGAUGUGGAUUAGAUGUGGACCUGAUGUGGAUUAGAUGUGGACCAGAUGUGGAUUGAUGGUCAGUACAAGCACUAAUACAGAACACAUUCCAUGAAGUAAAAGACCAUGUACUGGGUAAGGGUUAGUGGUUACACAUAUGCCUUAACGCGGUGCAUAUGCAUUUUUGAAAUCAGACUUCUAUUCUCAUCAUAGCAUAUGAAUAAAAACAUCUUUAAAUAUGUUUAAUUCAACUAAAUAUGCUUUAACCACGUUCCGUGACCUUGUGUAUAAGUCGUAUUCCUGUAAACCCCUAAACACAACACCUGAGAAAGAAGUGUGAGUUCUUAUAUUGUAGUUUUUACUUUGGUCUUUUUCAUGCUGUAUGUUUCUUUGAGUUUAUAAAGUAAAAUAUAAUUUUUUUGCAUUAUUUCUCCUGAGGUCUUGUGACGUUGACCUUUCAUAUUAUAUUUAUUUAAAAUUAAAAAAAUGUAAUAAAUGUGUAUGACGUCGUGUAAUGCCCUACGGCUUGAAAUCAUUUGAUUGGCACAGCGGUGUGGGUGGGCGGCACCAGGCCUGUGCGGAAACGCUCGCUGACUGACAGCUGUGGUAACUAAUGAACACAUCGUAGUCCGCUGUCGUCACACUUUUACCUACGUGGAAGCAGGAAGGGAACUUCCUCUCGGUCUUCCGGGUUGUUGGAGUCCCUGCAGCGGCUCUUGUUGUUGUUUGUGAGGCGGUGCGAUGUCCGAGGAUCCUGCGCUGUCGCUCCGGGUGUCGGAGAUCGGACACCCGGCGGGUCUGUUCGAGCGCUACAACACCGAGGAGAUCCGCCGGAUCGAGCGCAAAGUCCGCGGGGAGAUCGAGCAGAAGAAGGAGGAGCUGAGGCAGAUGGUCGGGGAGCGUUACCGGGACCUGAUCGACGCCGCGGACACCAUCGGAGAGAUGAGGGAGUGCUCGGAGAGCGUGGUCCGGUCCAUCCAGGACAUGCACCGGUACUGCCACAGCCUGAAGCAAGGCACCGCCGAUGUGAGCAGCUGCAGACAGGAGAGCCAGAGGCAGUUGGUUUGGCAGGAGAAGUUCUACACCAUGGCCUCCCAGAUAAAGCUCCUCUUGGAGAUCCCAGAGCGCAUCUGGAGCGCCAUGGAGGCGUCCCAGUACCUCCAGGCCACUCAGCUCUACCUGCUGUGUUGCCACCUGCACAGUCUGCUGCAGCUGGAGACUGCGACAGCGGGCCACUACAGCCCUGUCCUGGCCCGCUUCCCCAUUCUGGUGCGGCAGGUGGCCACCACCGGACACUUCAGGUCCACCAUUCUGCUGGACAGCAGGUCUCUGCUGCGGGGCCGGGUGGUGUCAGACCAAGCGAUUGCUGAGGCCCUGGUGUCUACCAUGCUGCUGGAGGACAGUUCACCACGCCAGGCCCUGGCCGACUUCUUGCUGGCCCGGAAAGCCUCUAUCCAUCAACUGCUCAACCAACCACAGCAUGGUGCGGGGAUCAAGGCCCAGGUGUGCAGCUUGGUGGAGCUGCUGGUCACCACUCUGUUCCAGGCCUACGCUGUCUUCUACCUGCCCCCAGAGGGAAACUCCAGGCCAGGGGAGGGAGCCCUGGGCUGGGGCAUGCUCUUCUCUAUCCUGGAGAAUGUUACCUCAACCAGCCCGGCAGCUAAAGUCAGGAAGGUGUUGCAGGAAGAGACGAGUACUGGCAGCUGGUUCAAGUACCUUCCUCCCUCCAUCACUGAUUUCCAGCCCGCCCUCCGCACCCUGGCUCAGCCAAUCCAGAGAGAGCAGCUCCGGGACACACUGCAGCAGUGGAUCAAUACGUGUAAGGAGGACAUUUGCCAUGGCGUUGGCAGCCUACUUGUCUAUGUCAAGAGCCUGAAGGGGCUGGCGGCCAUCAGAGACGCUGUGUGGGACCUCCUAUCUACUGAAUCAAUCAGUCAGCACUGGAGCACUGUGUGCCAGCGGCUUCUCGAGCGCCCCCUGGCUGUCUGGGAGGACUUCCUCCAACUGCUCUUCCUUCAGCGCCUGCAGGCCAUCACCAAAGAAGAAACUGAGGCCAUCUCAACGAGUUCUGUCCAGCUCCUUACCUCAGCUGUGAGGGACCUGGAGGGCCAGACCACCCAAACCUCUGUGGGCACCAACCCUGGCUCUGUCCGCCGGGCACAGUAUGAGGUAGACGUGGCAUCCUUCCUGUGGUCUGAGUCUCCAGGAGACCUGCUGAGUGAUGCAGGUUGGAUCAAUGUGACCCAGCGGGGGCAGCAGCAUCAGAGGAGUGGCCUGGCCAUGAAGACCCAGGCCCUGACACCUUGUGUUCAGAACUUCUGCUCUUCAAUGGAUGCAAAGCUGAAGGCCAGGCUGGAUGACCUCCAGCACUACCUUCCCUCCCAGGAUACAGGGUCUGACUCCAUCUCAGUCCCUGUCUCCUCCUCUGGACCUACUGAAGCCUCUUCAGCAUCUUCAUUUAACCGCUUCAUGGACUCGCCGGCAGUGGAGGAGGCUUUACGUGAAGGCUCCCUGGCCUGUGUACGCCACAUCCUGUCCUCUAUCCACUCUGAACUGGCUGCAGUCUCACCUGACCCCAGCCCCAGCCGCCUCAGUUCAGUCCUUUUCAUGGCCAGGCUAUGCCAGUCCAUGGGUGAGCUCUGCCCUAACCUGAAGCAUUGCAUUCUGGGGAAACAGAGCGGUGCCGAAACCACGGCCAAGGGGACCCCCAGGCAGGCGAAGAAGCUGGGCAGAGCCAGACCCGCCACAGAGGUCAGCCCCGCCCAGGCCAAGUGGGCAGGUCUGAAGGAAGACCUUCUCAACUGCAGCAUGGAAGCCUACCGCAUCUGGAGCUCCGCCCUCGCCAAAGUGUUGCUGGGUAAGUUUGGCACAGUGCUGCAUGCACAGUCUGCUGGUACCAUCCUGACAACAGCCACAAACUGGGAGGACCUGGAGAUCCAAGAAGAGGCCGAAUCGGGGAGCAGUGUCACGUCCAAAAUCCGUCUUCCAGUGCAGCCAUCUUGGUUUGUCCAGUCGCUGCUGUUCCAGCUGUGUGUGGAGGUGAACAGGGUUGGGGGUCAUGCCCUGCCCCGGCCCACGCUGCAGGAGCUGCUGCAGGCCUGUCUGACUGAAGUCCUUGGCCACUACCAAAGCCUCUCACAGCAGGCACGCACCAAGGAGGGUGUAUUGCCCAUGACUCAGAACAGAGCCUUGCAGCUGUUAUUUGACCUUCAUUACCUCAACACCACACUGGGCAGCAGACUGGAGGAGGGCAAGAGCUCCCGAUCACAUCAAGACCCCAGGUUUCAAGAGGCCUGUGAUUGGCUGGAGAGCUUCAUCGACCCCUUUGACCUGGACGUGUUCACAACUCCGCUGAACGCCAACCUGAACCGCCUGUCGCAGAGGACAUCGGUGCUGCUGGGACUGUUGACGGGCCUAGAGAAGCAGUUUUCCUCACGGAGCAGCGGCGUCAGCUCCCAGGAGCCGUACAACAUCCUGCCACUGGCCAGCAGCCAGAUCAGGUUCGGACUGCUGCCUCUCAGCAUGUCCAAUGUGCGCAAAUCCAUGUUUGUCUCCAGGAAUUCUGACGCUCCAAAGAAGCUGCAUUUCUGAGUGCCAGCAACCCAGGCAAGUUAAUCAGUGUGGGUUUACAUUUGUGUGUGUGUGUGUGUGUGUGUGCGUGGGUUUAGGUUGUAUCGGUAGUAGUGACGUGUUCUACCUUCGGUGCAGUUGCAUUGUGAGAGUGCUUCAUUAAUUAAUUUAAAUGAUUGUUGUAGUCUGGUGGCUGGAAACUGCUCUGCUCUGUUCUCACUAAUCUGGUUAAAUAGCUUGGGAUCAGACUGUGGAUUAGCAGCACAGCAGCAUCGACCCUAGGGCUUUGUUAUUGUCAGCAGGAAUACAAACCGGUGUCUGUGCAGCAGAACCUGAUACCAGAAAUAGUCCUCGUCGCCAGUGUCAUUGAAAUUUCCCACAAUUCAAGAUCUUACAAUUGUGAUACAUGUGAUUUGCAAAAAUUAGAGAUUAUUUUAUAUCUGCAUGUAUUGGUUCAGGUCCAGGAUGCAUCAUGGUAAGUCAGCACUGCAUUAACCGAAUGAGCCUAUUUUCCGUAUGUAACCUGUGGGUGUCACAUAGAUCAUCAGGUCCUGUGGGAAGCAGUUCUCCCCUCUGUGUCUGUCUGUGUGUGUGCGCGUGUGUGUGCGCACGAUUUUGCGGUUGUUAAUUACAAUAUUGCAAAAUCCAUGGUGAAGAAAACCGAUAAACUGAAAGUGUGGUGUUGUUUGUUCCUAACCUAUACCAACAAGACAAUAUUCUUAAAACCUCAGUGAACCUAAAGUGCUCUCUCUCCUCCAUCAGGCUCCUCCAUCCUCCACAGCGGACAGCAAUGACAGCUUCAGGCCUGGCAGUCUCUUCAGACAGCUCGCCGAUCAGGACGAAGACACAGCCGCUCCCUCUUUAUUCAAACUCAGCUGGCUGUCUGGCAUGGCCAAAUAACCCCACAUCACUCGAGACUCUUUAGUUGCCAGAGGCUUUGUAAACAUAAAUAUGUAUAAUAAAUAUAAUUUUUGUCUUUUGAAA